GUUUUUCCCUGCCAGGACCUGAUGCAAUCCAUUCAAGCCAACAAGUUUGGAGAGAAUGUUGAGUUCAAUCAAUUCAGAACGUCGAGAUGGAGCCCAACUCACUCCAGUGGGUCGGCUCACCGUGUGGCUUGCACGGACCUUACAUUUUCUACAAGGCUUUUCAAUUCCACCUUGAAGGCAAACCAAGAAUUUUGUCCCUUGGCGACUUUUUCUUUGUAAGAUGUACGCCAAAGGAUCCGAUUUGCAUAGCGGAGCUCCAGCUGUUGUGGGAAGAGAGGACCAGCCGGCAACUUUUAUCCAGCUCUAAACUUUAUUUCCUCCCAGAAGACACUCCCCAGGGCAGAAAUAGCGACCAUGGCGAGGACGAAGUCAUUGCUGUUUCUGAGAAGGUUAUUGUGAAGCUUGAAGACCUGGUCAAGUGGGUGCAUUCUGAUUUCUCCAAGUGGAGAUGUGGCAUACCUGCUGGGACAGUGAAAACUGAGGUCUUGGGAAAGAAUGGACAGAAGGAAGCUCUGCUGAAGUACAGGCAGUCAACCCUAAAUAGUGGACUCAACUUCAAAGAUGUCCUCAAGGAAAAGGCUGACCUUGGGGAGGAUGAAGAAGAAAUGAAUGUGAUAGUUCUCAGCUACCCUCAGUACUGCCGGUACCGCUCAAUGCUGAAACGCAUCCAGGACAAGCCCUCUUCCAUCCUAACAGACCAGUUUGCUUUGGCCCUGGGGGGCAUUGCCGUUGUCAGCAAGAACCCUCAGAUCCUAUACUGUCGAGACACCUUUGACCACCCGACUCUCAUUGAAAAUGAGAGCAUAUGCGAUGAGUUCGCGCCAAAUCUUAAAGGCAGACCACGCAAAAAGAAAUCAUGCCCACAGAGAAGAGAUUCAUUCAGUGGUGCUAAAGAUUCAAACAACAAUUCUGAUGGCAAAGCCGUCGCCAAGGUAAAAUGUGAGGCCAGGUCAGCCUUGACCAAGCCGAAGAAUAACCAUAAUAACUGUAAAAAAGUUUCAAAUGAAGAAAAACCAAAGGUUUCCAUUGGUGAAGAGUGCAGGGCAGAUGAGCAGGCCUUUUUGGUGGCACUUUAUAAAUACAUGAAAGAAAGGAAAACGCCAAUAGAACGAAUACCAUACUUAGGUUUUAAGCAGAUUAACCUUUGGACUAUGUUUCAAGCUGCUCAAAAACUGGGAGGAUAUGAAACAAUAACAGCCCGCCGUCAAUGGAAACAUAUUUAUGAUGAAUUAGGCGGUAAUCCUGGGAGCACCAGUGCUGCCACUUGCACCCGCAGACAUUAUGAAAGAUUAAUCCUACCAUAUGAAAGGUUUAUUAAAGGCGAGGAAGAUAAGCCCCUGCCUCCAAUCAAACCUCGGAAACAAGAGAACAGUUCACAGGAAAGUGAGAAUAAAACAAAAGUAUCAGGAGCCAAACGUAUCAAGCAUGAAAUCCCUAAGAGCAAGAAAGAAAAAGAGAAUGCCCCAAAGCCACAGGACACAUCGGAGGUUUCAUCAGAACAAGAGAAAGAACAAGAGACUUUAAGCCAGAAAAGCCUCACUGACCCUCUCCCGGCAGCAGACAUGAAGAAAAAAAUGGAAGCGUACCAGGAUUUUGCAGCGAGACCCUUGGCAUCUCGAGCUGAUCCAGAAAAGGACAGUGAAACAGACCAAGGUGCAAGCAGUGACAAGGUGACAGAGGAGACAGGGGAGAAGGGCCCUGCUCCUCCACUUCCCCUCGCCCCUCCAGCCCCUGAGAGGGAUCCAACCCUGAUCUCCGGAACUGGCAAACAGUCGCUCACCUCUCCCAGUGCUCUUGUGGAAUCAAAGCAAGAACCCAAAACCUGCUGUUUUAAAGAGAGCUCUGAAAAUGAGCUCCAGGAAGCCUCCUUCGCCGGCUUCCCCGCCACGCAGCCACCACUGGCAAACCAGAGCGAGAUGGAGGAAGACAAACUCCCCGCCAUGGCAGAUUACAUUGCCAACUGCACUGUGAAGGUGGACCAGCUGGGCAGCGAUGACAUCCACAAUGCACUGAAGCAGACCCCGAAGGUCCUUGUGGUGCAGUCAUUUGACAUGUUUAAAGACAAAGAUAUGACUGGACCCAUGAAUGAGAACCACGGGCUUAAUUACACCCCGUUGCUCUACUCCAGGGGCAACCCAGGCAUCAUGUCCCCACUAGCUAAGAAAAAACUCUUGUCUCAAGUGAGCGGGGCCAGUCUCUCCAGCAGCUAUCCCUAUGGCUCCCCACCCCCUCUGAUUAGCAAAAAGAAACUGAUUGCCAGGGAUGACUUGUGUUCCGGUCUGUCCCAAGGCCACCACGGUCAAAACAUCGACCACAUGGCGGUCAGCCGGCCUUCGGUGAUCCAGCAUGUCCAGAGUUUCCGCAGCAAGCCCUCAGAGGAGAGGAAAAGCCUCAAUGACAUCUUUAAGCAUGACAAACUGAGUCGAUCAGAUGCCCACCGCUGCAGCUUCUCCAAGCACCACCUGAGCUCUCUCGCCGACUCCUAUGUCCUGAAGCAAGACGUUCAGGAGGGCAAGGAGAAGCUGCUGGAGAAAAGGGCCCUCCCCCAUGCCCACAUGCCCAGCUUUCUGGCUGACUUCUACUCGUCCCCUCACCUCCACAGCCUCUAUAGACACACAGAACACCAUCUUCAUAACGAGCAGACAUCCAAGUACCCCUGCAGGGACCUGUACCGGGAAUCAGAAAACAGUUCCUUUCCUUCCCACAAACACCAAGAGAAGCUCCACGUAAAUUAUCUCACUUCGCUGCAUCUGCAAGACAAAAAGUCCGCCGCUACAGAAGCUUCCACAGAUGAUCAGCCCACAGAUCUGAGCCUGCCCAAGAACCCUCAUAAACCCACCGGCAAGGUGCUGGGCCUGUCCCACUCAGCUUCAGGGUCUCAAGAGGGCAAAAAUGUCUCCCAGUUCCAAGUUCUAAGUAGCCAUAGCAGAGACUGUCACCCGAGAGCAUGUCGGGUAUCUCCCAUGACCAUGUCAGCCCCUAAAAAGUACCCCGAGUCACUUUCCAGAGCAGGAAAACCUCAUCACGUGAGGCUGGAGAAUUUCAGGAAGAUGGAGGGCAUGGUCCACCCGAUCCUGCACCGGAAAAUGAGCCCGCAGAACAUUGGGGCGGCGCGUCCCAUAAAGCGCAGCCUGGAGGAUUUGGACCUGGUGAUCGCAGGGAAAAAAGCCCGGGCCGUGUCUCCACUGGACCCCUCCAAAGAAGUCUCUGGAAAGGAGAAAGGCUCUGAGCAGGAGAGUGAAGGCAGCAAGGCAGCGCAUGGUGGACAUUCGGGAAGCACCUCAGAAGGGCACAAGCUCCCCCUGUCCUCCCCUAUCUUCCCAGGUUUGUACUCUGGGAGUCUGUGUAACUCGGGUCUCAACUCUAGGCUCCCAGCGGGGUAUUCUCAUUCUCUGCAGUACUUGAAAAACCAGACUGUGCUUUCUCCACUCAUGCAGCCUUUGGCUUUCCACUCACUUGUGAUGCAAAGAGGAAUUUUUACGUCACCAACAAAUUCUCAGCAGCUGUACAGACACUUGGCUGCGGCCACACCUGUAGGAAGUUCAUAUGGGGACCUUUUGCACAACAGCAUUUAUCCUAUAGCUGCUAUAAAUCCUCAAGCUGCCUUUCCAUCUUCCCAGCUGUCAUCCGUCCACCCCAGUACCAAAUUGUAAGACCACCUCUACCCAGUGUUCCAAAUGGCGCGGCUGACAGAUCUUCACUCCUUACUCUGGGUGAUGGCUUACGGAAUCAGAAGUCAGUAUUUCUCCUAGUCUGGGGGUAGAUCAGUCUGGACCUAGAGGUCUAGAGGGGUGAUGAACGAACCUGCAUUUUCUGGAAUGAUCGCAGCCCUGACUGGUCAAUCUUGAGUCCCUUCCAACAUAGAUGCCCUGGCACCCAGCUCCUUCCUUUGUACUGGGAGUCUUAUGAAGGGAUUCAUGUGUCUCCAGGAAGAACUCAGACAACCCCCAUCUGAGUUCUGACGGUCAGGAAACAUCCUGGUCAAAAAAAAAAAAAUCAUGGGGGGCAGGCAUUUCAAAGGAAGAGGCAAGAGGACUGGCAAACUCUGCCAAGGGAUAUUCCUCUUUUCCUAAAACUCUCCAAGGUUCAAUCAAUGCAAUGUAUAGUGAAACUUCAAUAGGUCUUUCAUUUUGACACUAUUAUUAAACAAUCCAGAGAAGUAAACACUGUUAAAUUGACUGUAUAUAUUUGCUUCUUAAAACUACCUGUAUCACUGUUUGCUCACCUAAUUUAUAUACAGGUAGUUCAGAUAGUUCUCUUUUUUUCCCAGUUAUAACCUCUUUAUCUCUCUCUCUCUCUCUCUCUCUCUCUCUCUCUCUCUCUCUCUCUCUCUCUCUCUCUCUCUCUCUCUCUCUCUCUCUCUCUCUCUCUCUCUCAGUAUACCCCCCUUUUUUUGCAGGUCUUUUGUUUUUGUUUUGUUUUAUUUUAUUUUAAAGGCUGACUGACUGUCCUAGAUGUUGAUGUGUGUUUGUAAAUUUUCCACAUCUUAUCAUUUUGAGCAGCUUUGGGUGGUAAAGUUAUUGUUUACAAAUUGAAGCAACUGAUUCUAGUGGAACAAAUGAAAAAGAAACAGUUGAGCACACAAUAGUGCAAAGAACGUUCCUUGCAGAUAUGCAACUUAAGGAUUUUGUUCCUCACAAAUGGCAUAGUUGAAAGAGCUUAUACACUGCUUACCCGGCCAAAUGCUUUGCUUUGAAGUAUUGGGCUAUGUGAAAAUAUUGAGCAUUGUACUCACCUUAUCUAGGCUGUGAAACUGUCCUACAUACCAGAGGAAUCAUAAAAACAAAAACCUCACUGGCAGCAAGCUGCUGAAUAACAAGAGUCUAGAGGACAUAUUUGUGGGCUGCACAGAUAUUUUAGGAAUUUCAGAAAUUAGAACAGGAGCCAGAAUGAUUUGCAUUGUUGUUGGCACUGAUCCCUUUAAAUGGUCUGGGAAAGGGGGUUGAGUAUGGGAAGAGUAUGGCGCUCAACAACCAGAAGCAAAUGAGCAGUUGAGGCCUGGUCACCUUCCCUAGGCCAUGGCCUUUGGAGUGUAACGUGGGCACAUUGUCUUCAUCAAGCUGUUUUUUGUUGUUCCCAAGAAGAACUCCCCAGCUACAUCUCUGGGGGAUUAUUGGCAUACUGGAUUACCCAUUUCAAAAGAAAGUCAUCCUCUGGGUUUAUGAGACAAAAGUUGUGUGCGCAUGCACACUGACCUAGUGGCUUGGGGUCCUGUGUUCCGCCCCCUGGGCGAUACAGGACACUUGAUAGUUUCUUUUAUUGUUGGAAAAAAAAUGGUCAAGCUGUUCAAGCAGUCGAAAGAUGUGAAGAAUGUUUAUUGUCAUUCUUGCCACGUUAUUCCAUUUUCUGCUGAGUUGUGCCAUCAAGGUGGAUGCAUUUUCGUAAGUGCUCAAAGUCGAUGGAUUGAUACAGAGAGCGAAUUUUCUUUCCAACUUCCAUCCCUGCUAUGACUGCUUUGAUGAAUUCCCCAGCCAACCUCCCCUUCCCAACACUACCAGUAGACAGUAGAACCAUAGUUAACCAAGCCUUUUUCCUCUGAUAUACUUAAUUCUAUGAAAAUUGAUGACAAUUUUCAACUUCUAAAUAGUUAACUCGACUGCAAAAUAAUCAAACAGGUAACAAUGAAACUGCGGCUCUUUAACAAAGCCAUGCAUGCCGUACAUUUGUAUUGAAAUGUCUCCAUGAUAUGAAGCCAAAUAUUCAAUGUAACAUACUUAAUAUCCAAAGGUGGAAACAAAAGAAUGUAGAGAUCUAGUGUUAAGAGUUCCAUUUGCUUCAAUUAAUUAUUUACCUUCCUGUGGAAUAAUAUAUAUAUAUAUAUAUUUAAUAGAACCAUAGAUAGACUAGUAGAAUUUAGAUUAUAAAUGUGUGAGUGCAGAUUAUCCUGCUAUUGCACAAGAUAGAGGGGGAAAAAUCUCAAUUCCAGCUAGCAAAAGGCUAGCCAGGACACUUUUAAGAAAGUUGCACUAGACUGAAUGGUCAUAGAAUCAGAAGACAUGGAAGAGAAAAAGGAAGCUUCAGUGAUUCCACAACAGACAUGGGCUAGUUACAUGGUUCCUAUGAGUCAUUUCUCAAAGAAAAUAGGGAACUUUUAUCCCUGGUAGAGCUCACCUAUCCACUUGGAGUCUGGGACAUUUGUUUUCCCCGCUGCAAUGAUUUCAGUCUGGUUUCAUCAUGCUGGAAUUUGAUCACACCAUUUUCAAACAAUGUUAACAUAGUCCAGCUUUUGUUUUUGUCAUCUCUUUCUUUCAAGAGGAUACUCACUGUUUCUGUCUGAGGAAGCUCAUCCCCUCGGCAAAACAUCAGGACAAAUAAAGAGUAAUGGGGAUAUACAUUCCCAACAGAAGCAGUGUGCUAUUUGUUUUAAAACUCCAAACAGAUCUUGGAAAUCUUUCAAAAAAAGAAAGAAAGAAAGAAAAACCAUUGAAUUCUUCAUUGGCUGAGAACUAUAUUUUAAAACGUCUUAAAUAGGGCUUUGUUUGCAUUGUUUGAGUUCAAGGGGCCUUAUUAUUCAAUGGAAUUGCACAAGCCUUUCUUUGUGCAAUCAAACCAUUGUUAUUGGUAGUUCUGAAAAGGAAACUGUGGAAUCUAAUUGGCAAUGGAGUCAUAAAUCUAUUUACUGAGUGUGGCUUCCAAGAAAUGUUGCAAUUCAAAAUGCACUAAGUCCGUGAUUUACUGGAGAUUCUAAAUAAUAUUUUUAAACCUUUCCAUGCAACUUCUGGUUUAACUUUUGGCAACUCAACAUUUAAAAAAAAAGAACCAGCCCAACUGAGUUUCAGAUUUAAGUAUUCUAGUAAGUGAUUCAAACUUGUAAUAUUUGCCACAGGACUGACUUAUUUAUUGACUAGCUAGAAGCUCUUAAGUUCACUUAUUUAUCAGGGCAUAUACAGAAGGGUUUGUUAAAACUCAAUGUUGACUUUACAACUUUCUGACCUGGUGCAUGAAUUCUCAAGUACUGUAUUUCACUGUGUUGGUGUGUCUGAUGGAAAUUUCGAGGUGAUCCCACAAAAAAAAAUAUUUUAUGUAGUGUGCCUUCAAAGAGAACCAUUUAUUUCUCUUCACUUGUCGUCCCACAAAGUCACAUUUGGUGGUGGUCAGCCAAGUCCCAUCUGGUACAGUUAAGACUUUUGUCCCAAUUUUAAAGAGAAAUGGGAACAAGUUUGCCCUGGUGAGACCCACACCAUUGAAAUGAUUAUCUUGAGCACUUAAAUUCCAGUGUUGGCUAUUGAUGUAUUUGAUAUUCUGCUUGUCUCCCCAUGGUUGAAAUAUGUCUGAAGAAUAGCAGCAUAAUCUCUUGGCUGUUUAUACUUUUUUAAACUUUCCUGUGUUGUAAAUAGUGUAUACUUUUGGUGAUUCCAGCUAUGUAACCUCUAUGCUCUGUAAGGUGAUUAUUUGUACAUAGCAACAUGGCCCAGUGAUAUUAUAUAGUUUCCCAAUGGAGAGGUUAUUGAGUAACCUUUGCAUUAGUUUAAACACUACCAGAAUGCUGAGCCAACUAUAAACACUCAAUUUUGUAUGUUUUCCAAAUUGUACUUAUUACUGCUUUUGAUACUGUAUUACGUGCCAAUAGUUUCCCAAUCACAUAGCAGGCAAGAGAUAUUUUGUACUUUUUGAUCCACUGUAAUAUUUAAUAAAAAAUGUUACUAUCUGUA